AUGAGACAAAUGUUGGAGCGGAAGCGGAGCACAGCGGAGCACACGAGCGGAGUGGAGCGGAAGGAUUUGUCUAAUCGGGGGAGUUUCAUUAUUUUGACGAAGCAGAGGAGAGGUGUUUGUGAAGGAGAUUUGCGACGUUUUCCAGAGGAUCGCGACAGAUUCGACGAGCAGGAGAGUCGCAAGGACGAAGGAUUCGUAAGACGCAGUGAACAGGGACCAUUCAAGCGGCAAGUUCGCGACCAGAGUAGAGAUAUUCCAGAACGUGGAAAAGGGGGAAUCUGUGCUGCACUCAGAAAAGGAAAGCUGGAGGCUGCCCGAUUAGAAGGAAAUCAGUAUUCGCCCUUUUGUGAUAUUCCAGAUUCCAAGACGUGGAAUUGCAGGCACAGUGAUCUGUCCUAUAACAAGGAACUCGGCGGCCAGCUUACACCUGCUACCGGCAACUUGAUGCAGCUUGAAUCCCUUUCAGCAUUUCCUGUAAAAUUACACAGAAUACUGGUCCGCUGCAGCUUCAGUGGCUCCAUCCCCAAAGAAUUAGGCAAACUAACCAAGCUCAUAUAUUUAGGUCUUAACUCGAACCAGUUCAUUGGAACUAUACCAGCUUCAUUGGGAAGCCUCUCCAAUCUCGUCCGACUGGAUCUGGGAGACAACCAGUUAACUGGACCUUUGCCUAUCUCAAAUGGGUCAGCUCCUGGAUUAGAUCAGCUCAAAAACGCACAACACUUUCAUCUGAACAAGAAUAGGCUUUCAGGUUCCAUCCCAGAACAGCUUUUUCACUCAGAUAUGCGUCUCAGACACCUAAUUUUAGAUAGAAAUCAAUUUGUUGGGACAAUUCCUGCUUCGAUAGUAACUGCAACAAAACUUGAGAUUAUUCGUCUUGACAAAAAUCAACUGGAAGGCAUAGUUCCUAACAAUAUCAACAAUCUUGCAAAACUAGCUGUUCUGAAUUUAGCUAAUAAUGGAUUAGAUGGGCCUAUGCCAAAUCUGACCGGGAUGAAUUUUCUUAGUAAUGUGGAUCUUAGCAACAAUUCAUUUGAACCUUCAGAAGCUCCAGCAUGGAUUUCAGAACUUCAAAAUCUUACCAAUUUAUUCUUCUUUUUCUUUUACAGGAUACUCAAGAACAACUCUUUCAAUGGAACUCUAGAUAUGGGAAGCAACAUUAGCAACCAAUUGCAUGUUGUAAAUUUUGAAAACAAUGCUCUUACUUUAGUGGUGCUAGGAUCGAGCUAUAAUAAUUCAAUGCUGCUCAGUGGAAAUCCUUUGUGUAGCAAUAUUCAUCUCUUAGAAACAAACUAUUGUCUCCCUCCUCAACAAUCCCUACCAACCUACUCUUCUGGAAUUAGAAAUUGCAAUGGAAGUUCAUGUGCUACAAAUAAUACCUGUUCACAUCCAUACGAAGCAAUUAUCUUCUUUAGAGCCCCAUAUUUUCAGGAUAUUACAAAUGACACAGCAUUCUUACUAGAACAGAGACUCUGGAUGAAAUAUGGUUCUUAUGUGGGAUCAAUCUCUCUUAAAAAUCCCUUCUUCAACAAUGAUACAUAUCUAGAGGUACAGGUAGCUAUCUGCCCACUAAUCCGAACCUACUUCAGUAUUAGGGAUAUUCUUGAAUAUCUAGAGUUCAACAGCAACAAUUUUUCAGCUUCACCGAACUUCGGGCCUUCUGAUUUCGAAGCAUAUCCGUACCUUUUUCAGGUUAAUAAUCAAUUUAUAUACAGCUUACAAAUACUAAAAUGUUAUCUAAUAGCAUCCCUGGGUGUGCAAUCUUUUGCAGAAUCAUCAGGUUUGAAUUUAAGUUUCAUAAUAGGAUUGGCGGUUCUCUCUGCUCUUCUUCUUCUAGGGUUUUCAGGUCUUAGUUUCUAUGCCAUAAAGCAAAAGAAAAGAGCCAAGAAGGUCAUUGAAUUGAACAACCCUUUCGCAUCCUGGGAAGCUAGUUUUAAAAACGAUGGUGAAGCUCCUCAAGUAAAUGGGGCCAAAUCUUAUUCCUUCGAAGAACUCAAGAGGUGCACAAAUAACUUUCCAGAAGUAAAUGUGAUUGGAUUAGGAGGAUAUGGAAAGGUCUAUAGAGGAAUGCUUCCAAAUGGUAGGAUGGUAGCAAUCAAGAGAUCUAUGGCUGAAUCUACUCAAGGAGCUCUCGAGUUCAAGACUGAAAUUGAACUGCUUUCUAGGGUUCAUCACAAGAACCUUGUAGAACUUCUAGGAUUUUGCUUUCAAAGGGGAGAGAGAAUGUUGGUAUAUGAAUAUGUUCCUAAAAAAACACUUAGAGAAAGUUUAUCAGGGGAGAGUGGCAUUCAACUGGACUGGAUCAGGAGACUUAGAAUUGCUCUCGACUCGGCAAGAGGAAUAGCUUAUCUCCAUGACCUUGCAAAUCCUCCCAUAAUUCAUAGAGACAUCAAAUCAACUAAUAUCCUUCUGGAUGAAAAUUUAAAUGCUAAGGUUGCAGAUUUUGGACUUUCAAAAUUGGUAUCAAAUAGUGAAGUAGGCCAGGUCUCCACUAAUGUGAAGGGUACUUUGGGCUAUCUUGAUCCAGAGUAUUACAUGACGCAUAUCCUCACAGAUAAAAGUGAUGUUUACAGUUUUGGAGUGCUAAUAUUGGAACUAAUAACAGGAAAUCCACCCAUACAAAAUGGAAAGUAUAUCGUUUCUAUAGUGAAGUCAAAACUGAAUAAGAAUGACGUAUAUUAUGGCCUGAAGGAAUUAGUGGAUCCUGUUAUUAGACAAGCAACAUAUAUUGUAGGUUUCAGAAGGAUUGUGGAGUUAGCCUUAAAGUGUGUGGAGGAAUCAGCAGCUGAUCGACCGGCGAUGAGCGAUGUCGUGAAGGAGAUUGAGAUGAUACUAAAGAAGGAAGGAUUUGAAUCAGUUUUGAGAUCAACUUCAACAAAUGAUGCAGAACUUGCAGCAGCAAUGGCUGGCUCUGUGAUUCUGUAUGAUGAAAAUUUGUCACACAAGGAAAUAAGUGGUAGUUCUUUUGCAUACAGUGGCAGUUACACUUUACCUAUGAAGCUUGAACCAAAAUAAGAGCUCAUUUGAUUUACAACAGCCUAUGAUUGUUUUGUAGCGCAUGGAGAAGGCUCCUUGGGCAAAUUUGCAUAUUUGAAUUUUAGAUAUCAAAGUAUAUUCAUUAGAAAAAGAAAGUUAGAAUGAACAGAUAGGAGAUUUACGUACAUUGGGCUAUCACAAAAGCAAGCUAACUUGUAUGGGAUAUCAACUUCUUUAAGAGCUCAUUUGAUUGUUUGUUGAUAUCAUGUUUUAAUAAAUGAUGAUUUUGUUGUUAUACACUUUGCAAAAAAAUCAAUGGUGAUUUUGACGGUGUUGUAAGAGUUUAAAACAAUUUCUAACAAUAUUGCAAUCAAAUAUUGGUGCAUAUGUAUAUCAUUACAAAAUUAAUGUGAUGAGUAGUAAAAAAAGCAAAGAGAAACACAAAUUUGCAUGAAAAACUCAAGAUGGGAACAAUUACAAACACAGAAAAAGAAAAUUCACUACUCAUAAAGAAGAUUACAAAGUGGAGCACUUAGGUUUGACGGUUGACUUUCUUCCAUAUAUAACCCUAGUAGAACUAUUUAUACAUGGAAAUGUACAAAAAAUCCUAAUAAAAUUCACCUUAAAAAAAUACAUAAAGGUCCAUAUCGCAAAGGCUGCCACCACCACUUAACAAAUCAAUAUUGGGCUCCACUACCAUCAGAAAUCCGCCCAAAUAUUUUCCCAUAAUUUUAGUUGCACCAUGAACUUCUCAAUC